AUGACCACAUCGACUCACCAAAAAAAAGAGAAAGCUGGCUUCACAGAAAACUGCGGGAUAUCCCAGGGCAAGGGCAAAUCCCUCCUCCAAUUCCUCUACGCGAUUCAGUGCAUACCAGCGGUCAAGAAACCUGCCCCUGCUCAGCCUGAACAAUCAGCCACACAGGAUGCCGACACACCAGACUCUCCAUUGCCACCUUCUGUGUCUUCUACUCCUCCCGAACCGACACCGACCAACCCAACUGUAGCUGCCUCCACCACAGCUCAGCCAACUCUACCCGCCUCAUCAACCAAGCGUUCCAGUCGCAAGGGGUCUAAGAAUCACCGGGUCAAGCAACCUCUUGAGAAACCUACGGAGCCGCCUCAAGCUACUACCCCCACCCUUCUUCCAUGGCCAACUCCGGCACUGAAGUCUCCACCCCAGGCAGCAACCAACCCUCCCAUGGCGUCUUCCGCUCGGGCGAAACUUUUUGCAUCUGAGAAGCCCCUGGUCACUGAGGCAUUUGAGCCCAGCGCAUGGCUGGCGGCAAUGGAUGCGGAACUGAACCAGGGCCCAACUGGUCUCUUCCAAAUGAUUCUACCAGGCCCAAUUGAUGGCUUCUAUGUGUUCGUGGACCUGAAGCAGCAGAGGAAGACAUGCCGCACCUGGCUCUGCUUGGACCACUAUAAUCGAACUGUUAUCAAUGCUACGACCUGGGACCAAAGCCAACAUUGUGUAAUCUCGGAGUAUGAGCGGGACGUUGAUUUGGACCAGCAAGUGGAGAAGGACGAUAAUGAGUGGAUUGAGAAGCUCCUUGCAGCAGAGCAGGCUUCUCCGGAAUUUGAGGGCACCAUCACGAUUGACCUGUUGAUGCCAGCUGCAAAGGAAUAA